GUUCUAUAUUAAAACGAAUUGAGUCGACUAUUAAUCAUCGAGUACUCGAUGUUUGAUAAUUAGAUAGUAACAAACUGCCAACACUACCAACACCAGUAUGGCAUUAUUAAAAAGUAAAGCAAAGAGACUGCAAUGUAUUUUCUUCAUUUUUUAUGAAAAUUACUAAGUUUUACGUCCAUUUUUUGUUCAUGUUAAAUAUCCCAAAUCAACGUUUGGGUAAUGGAGUCUCCGCCUUUUUCAACACACUCCGAGGCGCCUCCAUUAAGCGAAGAUAGUGGUCUUAUAAUUACCAGUGGUUCCUUUUCCAGUGAUUCUGCCAGUGGAUGGCAUCACGUCGCAUCCGAGUUACAAGAAAGUGAUUUUGAUGAAAAAUCGUUAUCGCUAUGUGAAUCAACGGAAACAUCAGAGCGUAUGGGCGGGGAUUUUUUUAAUACCGUCAAAAAAGGUCCUGGAAAAGUCAUACUUACGACGAUAGAACCACCACCUGAGUUUCAGGAUAACCCCGUAUCGGAUAACUUGGAUAAUUGCACGACUGAAUACGCGCCUCCAUCGGUCGUUUUCACUAACGAUGACACAAUCAAACAGAAAUCGACACUGGAUGUAGUAAUAAACCCAAGACACUUAUCGCCUAUGUACCCUAGAAAACUGAAGCCAGAAUCGCUGUAUGAACGACGUCAGUGUUUGAAUCACAGGUUCGCGAGCCCAAGACUUCUUCAUUUAAGUCCAUGUCGCGCUAACCGGCCCUCAUCGAGAAAUUCGUUAUCUUCGAGAUUGUCGAGCAGCCACAACUCACUUGUAACACAGUUUCAAGCCGAUGAUUCAAAUUUUAUCACUCAGGCCAUUUCGCAUGAUACUUUGACCACAAAGUCGUCAGACAUUACGGAUAUGUAUAAUGUCCCGUUCGACAGCGAUAUUUAUGCGGUGCCCAUCGAUAUGGUUCGGCCUAGUCACAGCAACAUGAGAAAUAAAGGAAAGAAGCAAUUACGAAACAACAAAAAGAGGGCAAAGAACACGCUUCAAAAUAUCGCUCCUAACAAUUUCCCCAUCGAUAAAAAUCAUAAACCAAAAGAAAAUACAAGACAUAAGGACGUUAAAACUAAAAGACAUAGUUUGCCUAGCUCAUCUUGUAAAAAACCCACUGGUGAUUCAGAUACCGAUUCAUUACAUUUAACAUUACGUGAAAUGAGAAAAUAUUUGCAAACUCUUUAUUCCAGUUCGAGUGAUUCGGAAUGUAGGGCUACAAUUAAUAAAAAGAAUAAUCCUAUAGUAACUAAUGUUGGCAUCCACACUAAACACACAAGUAAAGAUACAUGCUCUACAGUGUUCCUGAAGGAAAGUAAUGAGCUCCCCAGGACUGUGGAAACCAACAAUAAUAAUAGGAAAGCUAAUAAAAAUUCUUUUGGUAUGAAUGCAAAGAACAAAAAGCACAAAGAAAACAUUCCGAAGGAUAUGAUUGAAUUGGAAAAGAAUGACAAGGUUGUCAAGAAGAGUAUCACGAGCCAAAAUCCAAAAACUAAAAUGUCCCCUGUUAGGAUACUGUCAAUUAAUUUGAAGCAGAGCUUUUGUAAUUUAUUUCGGUGGCGGCGUCAGCCAGUUGUGGAGAACGCAGGAGAUGUGGAAAAGCUUAGUGGGAAUAAGGAGGAGACUCCCCCGGCCGCUGUGAGGCGAGCACUGCCGCCGCUGCCGCAGCCGCCGAACGUCCAUCAGGGAGCUCGGAGAACUGCUACUGAAGAGGAUACUGUUAUGGACUUUGCAACCUCGAUUCAAAAAGUUAAAGAUUAUGGUUGGUACUGGGGCCCUAUAUCAGUAGAGGCUGCUGAAAAGAUUCUGUCGAAUGAACCUGAUGGCUCGUUCAUAGUCCGAGAUAGCAGUGAUGACCAUUAUAUAUUCACUUUAACUUUUAAAUUAAAUGGUCUUAGACAUGUAAGGAUUGAACAUGAUCAGGGUAACUUCUGUUUUGGUGGCUGCACUAUGUUUAAAGCUCAGACUAUAGUUGAAUUCAUUGAGAAUGCGGUGGAAACGUCGCGUAGCGGUCGCUAUUUGUUUUUCUUGAAUUUGAGACCUGUAUUAGGUCCAGUCCGAGUACAAUUAUUAUAUCCAGUUUCAAGAUUUAAACGAGUGCAAAGUCUCCAACACAUGUGCAGAUUUGUGAUAUUAAAGUACGUGCGUCGCGACCUUAUCAGCGGCCUGCCUCUGCCGCGGCGACUCGUGGACUACUUGAGUGCGACGCACUACUACUCUGAGCUUUUGGCUGACAUGUGAACAGGCUAUAACAGGGUUAGCUAUGUCACCAACAUUUUAUAUUAUCACUAUGAAGUAUUCCAUACAAGGAUAUCUCUAUUUUUUUUAAUAUCGUUAAUGAUUUCAAAUGAUUUUCUUUUUUAAUUUUAUUAAAUAAUGACAAGGGC